AUGGUCUACUGCGGUCGCCCUUCAACAAGUUGCAACAAUUGUCGUGCCAAGAAGAGAAGAUGCGACAAAGCAGUCCCAGAAUGCGGCCAAUGCUGGCGCACAGGUCAGAAAUGCCCUGGAUACAGAGAUCCUUCCAGUCUCAUCUUUCGCGAUGAGAGCACACAAGUCAUCAACCGCGCCCGCUCAAAAGUCUCCAAGAGGACUUCGACGGCCACCCCAACCAGCCGUCUUUCAGUUGAGCGCACACCAACUCCACCACAAGCACAGAAGCAACAGCAAAAAAAACAACAACAACACACACCACCACAACUACAACCGCAACCACAAUCACAACAACUUCAAAACACCUCCGCACCAGACUACACUAUUCAGGCGAACCGCCCCUCCGAUGUUGUCGACGAGGCCAUGCUGGACAUGAGCGACGUCGAUGUCGGCGUCGGCAUGUUCGUCGGCGGCAGCUUCAUGCCCGAGUUGAUGAGCUUCCCCGACCCUUUCAACCCGGACGAGAAUGCGCUCUUUUCCCUCCACCAGGAUGCUUCACCCAGCUCCAUGCCGGUAUUAUCGUGCGACCGGCCUGGCUCCGCUAUGUCUGUUCCUAUCUCAAUAUCUGGGCCACGUUCGCAUGUCGGCGCUUCUAGCGUAGGCGGCGACGAUCUGGCUCUGGAUCAGUUACUCCCCGAUGACGGCACCAACCACGGCGACCGCCAACGGCUAGAACACAACAACAAUAACUUCACCAGCAAUCAAUCCGAGGCCAUACCGCGUCCCUUCUCCUUACCUCUCGUCAUUAUUGGUCUCGAUUUCUUCCUCUCUCACUACGUUGUUCGGCAGUCCGGUCCUUCCUCCGGCUUCUUCGACUACGCCCCGGCCAUGCUGGCGCAAGAUGACGGCGGCGGCGACAUGCUCGAGGGCGCCAUUCUGGCUCUCGGCCUCAGUGGGCUCGCUCGUACCACGAGCCAAGCCGACCUCUUGACUCGGUCCAUGAUGAUGUACACCCGCACGAUGGAGCGCGUCAAUCUCGCCCUCGCCGACCCCCAGGCCGCCCGUCGCGACAGCACCAUCGUCUCUGUGCUCGUCCUCGCCCUCUACGAGUUCAGUAGGGCUUCUAUCGAGGGCUGGAAGCACCACAUUGAGGGUGCCACGUCGCUCCUCAACCUGCGCGGCCGCUCGCAGUUCUCUACCCCGACCGGUCUGCAGAUCUUCAAGGAUGUCUUCUCCCAGCUCCUUACCAACUGCCUACGCUCCGGCUCCCCCAUGCCCUCAAGCCUACGUAUGCUGCGCAUCGAGGCCACCAACGCUCUUAGCGUCUCGGACCCCUACUGGGUUGCCUGCAGCGGCAUGGUCGAGCUUCUGGACCUCUACCAGCAGAUUUCCCCGGGCGGCUACUCAUUCUUUGCCGCCGCUGCGGGCGCCUCCUCCGUCCCUCCCGAUUCCUCCAACUCCCCCUCUACUACCUCCGGUUCUUCCCCCGCCUCUACCUCCUCCAUGUCCUCCGGUCCUCUCAAGGGUGCCAACAUCUCCAUUGAGCACCUUGAGCGCUACCUCUCCCAGGCGCUCGAAAUUGACUACCGCCUCGAGAGCACCUUCUCCAAGUGCCCUUCCGACUGGCAGUUCACCACCCAAUCCAACUCCAGCAACAACUACGAUCCGAAUCGCAUCCAGCGCGGCGGCGUCACCCACAUCUACCACGAUGUCUGCAUCGCCGACGUCUGGAACAGCAUGCGCAUCUGCCGCAUCCUCGCCAACCACGCUAUCAGCCACCUUCUACUUAAAGGCGCCAACACCGACAGCAACUGGUUCUUCACCAACAACUACGCCGAGCGCCUACACCAGGCCACCCAGACCAUCGUCCGCAUGCGCGACGAGAUGCUCGCCUCCGUGCCCCAGCUCAUGGGCUACGCCAUCUCCCCAUCACAGGAGCUGCAGCUCCAGCAGCAGCAGCAGCAGAAGCAGCAACCGCACGAACGCUCCAAAAACAUUCCCGGCUUGGCCGUCGGCGGCUAUUUUGCCUGCUGGGUUCUCCUCACCGUAGGCUGCAUGCACAACCUCGGCCACGAGACCCGUGCGUGGACGGCCACCCAGUUGCGCCGAAUCAGCUGCGAAGCAGGUCUUGCGCAGGCAGAUGAUUUCGCCAAUUUUGUUCAAUCAAGCAAUCUCCGUCCGCCGUUGAGUUGAGAGUGUUGAGAAGCAUAUCAUUCUAAUGUAGAUAUUUAAUACAGUGAUACACUGCAUAUAGAGCAUAUUCUGGAC